CAUGCCCACCUAGCUAUUUACUACUCUCCUGCAAUACAAGACAAAGUUGGGUGAUGAAUAAGAGAGAGAGAGAGAUAAGAGUUUAGAGAGAGAGAGAGUGUGUAGGUUUUGUUUAAUCCCUUCCUCCCUUCCUCAGUUAAGAAGGCGAUCGAGGGGUGAGAAUGUUCGAUGGGAGCGAGCAGUUCCACCAAUUCAUAGCUUCGUCGAGAGCUUCACUACCCAUCUCUCUUCCCUUCCCCACUCUCCCCUCCUUCGACCCCUACGCGCCGCCGCUGCACCACCCUUCCUCCGCCAAGAAGUACCCCUUAAUCUCCACCAAUCUCGCCCUCGAGAGCGACCCCUCCACCGCCGAUCCAUGGUCCCACGACGAGCUCCUCGCGCUGCUCAAACUCAGAUCCACCAUGGAGAUUUGGUUCCCGGACUUCACCUGGGAGCACGUCUCAAGGAAGCUCGGGGAGCUGGGGUUCAAGAGGAGCGGAGAGGAGUGCAAGGAGAAGUUCGAGGAGGAGAGCUGCCGGCACUUCGCCGCCAGCAAGAGCUACCGAAUCUUGAGCGAGCUCGACGAGUUCUAUCCUCAGGUCCCCGCUCGUCAGGGCCAGGAAGACGAGGCCGAGACGAGCAAGAACGACGAGGAUGUCGUAAUUUUGAGAAACCCAGAAGCGGAAGCCGCAGCGGAAGAGGCAGAAGAGAAAGGAGACAAAAGCAGAUCAAAGAGGAAGAGAAGAGACAAGCUGGAGGCGACGUUCAAGGGUUUCUGCGAGGCCGUGGUGAGCAAGAUGAUGGCGAAGCAGGAGGAGCUCCACCGCAGGCUCAUGGACGACGUCGUGCGGCGCGAGGAGGAGAAGAUCGCGAGGGAGGAGGCGUGGCGGGGCCGGGAGGCGGAGCGGGCGCGGCGCGAGCUCGAGGCGAGGAGCAAGGAGCAGAAGACGGCGGCCGAGAGGCAGGCCACCAUCAUCGACUUCUUGAAGCACUUCAGCGGGAGCAGCAGUGCUUCAAGAAGCCCCGAGCUGGUCGACGCCUCGAAUUCGAACGUGUCGAACUCGUCGGCGUCGUUCCACCCGGCGGCGCCCCCGAGCCCGAGCUCGGGGGCGGGGGGGGCGGGGAGGAGGUGGCCGAGGGACGAGGUGCAGGCGCUGAUAAAGCUGCGGUGCAAGGCGGGGGGCGGGGGAGGGGGGGAGGAGGAGGGGGGGAAGGGGCCGCUGUGGGAGAGGAUAUCGAAGGGGAUGAUGGAGAUGGGAUACAAGAGGAGUGCGAAGAGGUGUAAGGAGAAAUGGGAGAAUAUAAACAAGUAUUUUAGGAAGACGAGAGAUAGCAGCAAGAAGAGGUCUGUGAAUUCGAGGACUUGCCCUUACUUCCAUCAGCUCAGCUGUUUGUACAGCGACGGUACAAUUGUGGCCCCAAACCGCAGCGAUGCAGAGAUGAAUUAACCACUGAUUUCUGCUCUUGUGUUCAUCAUCAUGAUGAUCAACAUUGCAAACAAGAGAGAGAGAGAGGGGUCAUAGACUCAUAUAUAUAUAUAUAUGUAUGUAUGUAUGUAUGUAUGAAUGAAUAUGAAUCAUGUGUUUGAUGUUGGAACAAACUAGAAAUUAAUAAAUUUUGUACUUGAUAUGUAUUGUAGUGAUUUAAUAAGCGUUUGAGUU